AUGACAAGUGUAAUCGCCUCUCGUCUCCCCCCAGAAAUACUUCAAGAUAUAUUCAAAUAUAAUGUCGAGAUCAAAAACCAUCAUGCACGUUAUAAAAGUCUAUUUGAAACAUGCCUUUUAGUAAAUCGUUAUUGGAGCAUGAAUGCUAUUUCAAUCAUAUGGGAGGAUCCUUUAAAUACUUGCGUAGGCAAAGAAAAGUCUUUAGAAAAAAUCCUCAAAGUGUAUAUCUCAAAUCUUCCAAAAAUAUCAAAGUCGUUAUUAAAAAAUUCCGAGAACCAGUUCGAAAUUUCCUUAAAACAACCUACGUUCAACUAUGCAUCCUUUUUACAAAAGCUCGAAUUACAAGGCCUUUAUGAAGCCAUCAAUCGACUCAUACUCCAUAAAGCAUGUUACAGUAAAAGUUCAAACAAAAAAACUACAAAACAGCGUAUUGGCCUAUUACAAGAACUAGUCAAACUUUUCGUUUCUGAAAGUCCCAAAUUAACUUACCAAAUUAACAUGAACUCAAUUAAAUGGGAUGAAUCAAUUCAAUUUGAAAGUUUACUUGGCAUUAUUCCUUAUAAUUCUACUCUUGACAGACUUUCUUGUUUUACGAGUCAUGCUCCAGAAGUUUACCUUAAAAUUUCAAAAAUUUUUUCUGAAAUAAAUGAUUUACAAAUUUCUUGUGUUUGGAAUGAUUCUUUUAAUUGGAAUGAUAACACAGCACUGGUUUCUUUAAUCAAUACGUUAUCAACAUCACCUUUAAAAUUAACCUUAAAUAGAUGUUCAGAACCGAUACCACAAAUCACUAAUUCGCUUAGAUAUAAACUAAAUAAUAUAACAUCUUUGAUUAUCUAUGAACGCGGAUCCAUUCCGUUGGAAACUUUUCAAGAGUGCACUAGAUUAAAAUUAUUUAGAUUGAAAUUGGAUAAUUUUGAACAUUAUUACGAUGAUGAUGCCAAAAAGGAUGCGGAUGAAUUAAAGGAUAUCAUAAAAUAUAAAUCACUAAAUAAUCUCGAUGAAUUUGAUUUAUGUCAACUUGCGGUGAAUAACCAACAUAUUUCAAGCGUACUUCAAAAUACGAACAAUAACCUUAAAGUGCUAAAAAUGAAAUGGAUUAAGUCGAUUGAUCCAGAGAACGAGGAAUUGCCGUUUAAGUCAAUUACAGAGAAUUGUACAAUGUUGAAGGAAUUAGUAAUUUCGUUAACUGCAUCCACAGUAAAGUAUUUUCCAACAUGCAUUCGUACGCUUACACGUCUACAAAAUUUAACAGUGGAACGAUAUGAAGAUGAUCAAUUAUUAGAAGAAGAUAUGUGUAUUUGGGCGGAAGCUUUUGGUAAAAAUAUUCCAUUAUCCAUAAAAGUACUUUCAUUAGAUAAAAAUUUAAAUCUGAACAAUGAAGCAUUUGAUAAAUUUCUUUGUCGAUGCUAUAGCAGAGGUAUAAACAAUUUGCACUUGAUAAUAAAUAGAUUGAGAAUUAUUCACCUAGAUGAAAAAAUUAAAGAAACACUACAGAAUUAUGUUCAGUCGGGAACUUUGAGUUCAGAAAUAAAUUCAUAA